ACCGUUUCCCGAAUGGUAAUUAUGGUAGUACGCUUGACUUGACCAGACAAGGCAGUCCGGUCGAUUCAAGGUGAAACUUCGAUGGCCACAUAUCUCGGCUCCGUGGUCUGGGGUUCCGCCUUUUGCUGACUGAGCAGGCGACAUUGAACAACCAGUUCCAAGCUGGGUUCCGGUCCUCAAGAGGCAUAAAUAUGCAAUUAGAGCUGUUCCUUUCUCUAUUACCCAAGUUCUCUCACUGAGACCACAUGGAGACAAGUAACUUGGUCAUACUCGAGAAUCUCAAAGUCUUUUCCAAUGAAAUAUCACAAGUGCACAUGUCCGAUAUCACUCUCUGGGUGGACCUGAGUAGCAAUGCCGGGAGCUGCUAAAGUCGCCGCAUGGCCUGUCCCGCCGAGUGUCCGCCCGUUCGUUCGCUCGGCAGACCAGUGAGUGGUGGGUAAGGUUGGGUGGUGUUUCGUUCGGAGCCACUCCGAACCGCAGCGGCCUUCCUUGUCGCAAUUUAGCCCCAAAUAGCCUCAUUUUCGUUUCUGAUACUGCCGACUUGCUCAAGAUUUGCCGGUAAAGAUAGACAGCCCUCUGUGUCUCUCCCAAACCCUUCAAACGACCACCUUGGCCUUUUGGAGACACCCCUGGUCCGACUCGGUCAGCCAAUCCGACCCCGCAGCCUCCAUCCAUCGCCGUCAUCCCGCCCACUAGCAGCGAAUAUGACCCCGCCAACCACCGGCCUGCCGGCCGAGAACACCACCGACAACAACGACCAUCUCGUACAGUCGGAUGACCCCGAGCACCCGGCGAACUUGAUCCCCUCGCUUUGCGCAAAGUUCUGGACUCUCGGUUGGGUGACCGGCACCGGCGGUGGUGCCUCUAUUCGCGAUGACGACCUAGUCUACCUCGCCCCUUCGGGUGUUCAAAAGGAGCUCAUGAAGCCCUCCGACAUCUACGUCCUCUCUCUCGCCGCCCAGGCGAAAUCCCUCUCCCGCCGCCAGCGAGUCUACCUCCGCAGCCCAGCGGUUUACAAGCCCAGCCAGUGCACCCCCCUCUUCCUCGCCGCCUUCACCAAGCGCAAUGCCGGCUGCUGCAUCCACACCCACUCCCACUGGGCCGUCCUCGUGACGUUGAUCCUCGAACAGCAAGGAAGCAAGGAGUUCCGCAUCAACAACAUUGAGCAGAUCAAGGGGUUCGGCAAGGGCUUCCAGAAGAGCGGGAACCUUGGGUACCAUGAUACGCUUGUGAUUCCCGUGAUUGAGAACACGGCGCAUGAGGAGGACCUGACGGAGUUUUUGGAGGAGGCAAUGGACAAGUACCCGGAUACGUAUGCUGUGUUGGUAAGGAGGCAUGGUGUUUAUGUUUGGGGGGAUAAUGUCCACAAAGCGAAGACACAGUGUGAGAGCUUGGACUACCUCUUCCAACUAGCCGUCGAGAUGAAGCAGCUCGGUCUGCCCUGGAUCACAGACAUCGAGCCGACCAUCCCAACAAGAAAGGAUUAGAAAUAUGACAGACAGCCACUUCAGUAAUGUCCAAAUAAUACCCAUUGACACAGCAUCUCACGUCAAGCAACCACAAGCAUCAUCAUUCAAACUUGAGCAAUUCUUUUUCCAUUAAACCCUUCCAUUACACCGCCACAACUAACUCCAAACCCAGAAUAUCCAAAUCAUACAUUAUACCCUUUCCCCCCUUGCGACCCUUUUAGGCCUCCUUUCUUACCCCCAGCCACAAGUAAUUGAUAUUUCCCAAAACUACGCACAAAGAAUCAAAACCCCCACCCCCCUUCCCCUUUUCCAUCAACCCCCAUUUACAAAGCCAUAACAGCACCCAAAAAAGCCAACAACCCCAUCCCGGAGCCAACAACAGCACCGGGAACGGCAGCGUUGCUGGUCACGCUAGCCGGGGCGCCAGUAGUAGUGGGGUUGCCCUCCUGGUUGUUGGUAGUGCCGUUCCCGCCUUCCUCGCCAUCAUCAUUGUUGUCAUCGUCGUUGUUGUUGUUGUUGUUGUUGUCAGAGUUGUUAUUGUUGUUGUUACCAGAGUUGUUGCUGUUGCCAUUGCCAGAGCUAGAGCCACCAGUGGGCUUGGGAGCAACACCGGGGGUGGCGGUGUAGUAGUGGGCGGCGACGCAGGCGUUGUAGCACUGGCCGUAGGCGAGGUUGUCGGCUUCGGUGCCGUUGCCCUUGGGGCAUUCGGAGACGCACUUGUUUGUGGCUUCGACCUAGAGGGCACGCAGGUGUGUUAGUCAUGAAGGUUUGGUUGGCUGUGGCUUGGGAUAAUAAAGUUUGUGGUUUUAUAUGUGGGACAACCACAAAAGGGGUCUCUUAGGAGGGAGAUAUGACGACGUACAUCUUGCUCGCCGGGGUUGGGCACUGGGUUGCACUUGGCCGUGCAGUUGACGUCGCCGGGGGUGCAGGCGUUGAUGCAGCGGAGGAUCUCGGCCUGCUGGGAGUUUUGGGCGGCGGUGGCUGGGUCGAUGGAGGUGUUGACCGAGACGGUGGUGGAGGUGCCCUGGGCGCUGGCGAGGGCGGCGAGGGCGCCGGUGAGGAUGAGGGAUGUGACGCGCAUUUUGGCUGUGGUGUUGAUGUUGAUAUUAAGACAAUAAAGUGAGGGUUUGUUUACUUUAAAGAAUGUGUCAAGAUGGUAGCGACAGUAUUAUUAGGAAGAAAGAUCCAACACACAGCAGACAGGCAGUACAAGACUGAUGAUGAUGAUGA